AUGCACUUGGCCUCUACCGGGGGAGGCGGAGGUUCCCCUAUAAACCCUGCUAACCCUCCGCCAGGCAGCGGUGCACCUGGAGGUACUCCUAUUAAUCCUGCCAACCCCCCACCAGGCAGUGGUGCACCCGGGGCUCCUAUUAGCCCUGGCAAUCUCCCGCCAGCUCCAGGAAGUGGCGCACCAGAAAGUCCAGGUGGUGGCGCAGCUGGUAACUGUGCUGUUCCGAGAAACCAACAGAAUCUCUCGCCUCAACCGACAACGCAGAUCUCGUGUCCUAACAGUGACGGAUCUGUAUGGGAAUCAUAUGAUGGCACAUGGUACUAUUUACAAUGUUGCACAGCUGCCAAUGCCCAGGCACUCUCAGUUGGCCUUCCUCAGGUUUACACUCAUGAGGACUGUCUUCAUCAAUGCUCCGGUGUACCAAACUGCCAGGCUGCUACCUUCGAUCCCUCGACUGACCAAUGCGUCCUCUACGACUUUGGCGUGUUUUCGCAGACAGCGCAUAGUGUCCAGCUCUAUGCCUUUGUCACCGACCCUCCUGUGACGCAAACACCGAGCUUGACAUCCCGCCUUUGCUCUACAAGCCGCCCUGCAGCAAACGGUCAGAUUUACACGUUCCGUAUGGACUGCCGGAAGCGCCAUGGAACACAGGUCCUCUCCAAGGACAUCCUUUCGUCCCUGGAAGAAUGCAUGGAAUUGUGCUCGGCCUCCCCUUCUUGCAGCAGUGUCGACUUCGAUGAGAAAAGGGGUAUCUGCUACCAGAGCAUCAACGACGGACCGCCGGCUCUCAACGCGCCCACCUUUGCCAGUGCCCACACUGUUGGUUGUUCCGGUGCCUGCGAAGGCUGUGGCGACGGAUGCUUCAAGCCAGCACAACAGCAGCCCGAUAACCCGGAUCAGUGCACCAAUGAUAACGCUGUCGUUACCCGUGGCGGCAUGCCGUUCAGGGUCAGAUGCGGCCUCUGCAAUACUAGCACGCUUGGCGACUUUCAAGCCAAUAUCAAGAACCAUGAUGAGUGCAUGGAGGUUUUUGUGACUGAAGAGGCCAAUUAUGACGCCGCAAACUGGGUCACUGGCCACGGUUGCGUCUUCAAACCAGGGCCAAUCUCCUCCAUCGAUCCGAAUACAGGAUGCACUGCCGCAUUCGUCCCGCUGUGGAAGUAA